AGGAACUAUAACGGCAGUCAACAAAGCACAGCAGAGCAUAGCAGAACAGAACAGAACACCCACAGUUAAAUCGGAGAUCUUUUAUAUCUAUCGCCCCUGAUCUCUGUAAAAAUAAUAAGCCAUGGAUGUAAAUAACAUGAGUCGUGAAGAUCUUACAUUGAUGGUUGCUGGUGGUUGCACUUUGCUUUCGCUGCACUUCACAUUACAACUUUUUUCACAACAUACAUUUUACUGGAAAAACCCCAAGGAACAAAAAGCAAUAUUAAUUAUAAUUCUUAUGGCACCUGUUUAUGCUGCUAACUGUUUCGUGGGGAUUCUGGAUGUCAAGGGAAGCAAACCAAUUUUUAUGCUGGUUGAUACGGUUAAAGCAUGCUACGAGGCUUUGGUCAUUGCGAAGUUUCUGACUUUGGUUUUCAGCUAUUCGGAUAUGUCUAUUAGCCAAAGUAUAGUUCCUGAUGAAAUCAAGGGAAAGGAAAUUCACCAUUCGUUCCCAAUGACACUAUUCCUGCCUCGCACCACUCAUCUAAAUCAACAGACACUGAAACUUCUGAAGUACUGGACUUGGCAAUUUGUGGUUACCCGGCCCAUAUGCUCAUUUCUUAUGAUCAGUUUACAGCUGUUUGGAAUCUAUCCUAGUUGGGUCAACUGGACAUUCACAAUCAUUCUUAGUAUUUCUGUUUACGUGGCUAUGUACUCUUUAGUAGUCUUUUAUCACGUUUUUGCAAAUGAGUUGGAGCCACACAAGCCACUCGCCAAGUUCUUAUGUGUAAUGGGGAUUGUCUUCUUCUGCUUUUGGCAGGGACUACUGAUAGAAAUCCUAGUGAAAACCGGUGUUAUAAAACCACAUUAUUUCUGGAUGGAGUUUAAGCACCUUGAGGAAUCUAUCCAGAAUUUGCUAAUAUGUGUUGAGAUGGUUGGAUUUUCCGUCAUUCAGCAAUAUGCAUUUCACUUUGAACCGUAUAGUGGAGAUGUCCAGUCAAUGUUAAAGAAGGCGAAAAAGAACUGAUGUUAUGAAACUUAUAGUGAAUUUAAUGUAUCAAGCUGUAAUUUUCUUCUACUAGUCAUGUAGAGCAUAGUUAUUGGUAGAGUUCUAUUUUGAACCUUAUAGUGCUGUUACACACAAGUUUCCUACUGAUUACUGCUCUUGGCUUCCCAA